AUGACGCUGAACUACAGUCUGGCAUCUCCCCAGAAAUUAGAGAAAAAUCAUCUGUUUCUUGUAGGUGCUUCACAGGGAUCAGAUGGAGCCAAGGUUAAUGCAGAAUCUGCUUCAGCUGGGCCUGUUGCAGAAACAUUCAGAGUUAUUCAGGGAGAACUCAAUAAAGAAAUGGUGAAAUCUACCCAGGGCGUCUUUCAGUUUGAACUGUCAGGUGAUGAAGGAGGCACUUGGUACCUUGAUCUGAAAACCAGCAGUGGGAGUGCUGGGUUUGGGAAGCCUCCUGCAGCAGCUGACGUUGUGAUGAGCAUGUCAAGUGGAGACUUUGUGAAGAUGUUCACCGGUAAACUAAAGCCAACCAUGGCCUUCAUGUCAGGAAAAUUAAGGAUUAAAGGUAACAUGGCACUAGCAGUAAAGCUAGAGAAGAUGCUGACACAGUUUAAUGCAAAACUGUGAGGAGGAAGCUGUACCAGCAGAACAUCCAGCCUUUCUUUUAUAAUAGCAGUGCUACAUUUUAAAAUGAUGAUCUACUUUUUUUUGGGUGGGUGAAAUAUAAUAACUAUGAAUAAAAUAUUAGUUUGUUAGAGAAGAACAAAUUAGUUUGAUAAAGACUGGAAAGCGUUUGUGAUUAAACAAUUCCUUCUUGAGAAUACUUCCAUUA